AUGAUAAAAUUUUUAUUUAUAUUAAGUUUUAUAAUUCCUUUAUGUUUUAUAAAAAAUAUAUUUUGAAUGGUUCAAAUAUUAUUAUUAUUAUUAAUAUUUGUUUUUAUAAAUAGAACAAUUAAUAUUAUAAAUUUUUGUAAUAUAAGAUAUAUAUUUUCUUAUGAUAUAAUUUCUUUUGGACUAAUUUUAUUAAGAAUCUGAAUUAUUAUUUUAAUAAUUAUAGCAAGAGAAAAUUUAUUUAAAAAUAAUUUUUAUACAAGUUUUUUUUUAUUUAAUAUUAUCAUUAUAUUAAUUAUGUUAUUUAUAACUUUUAGAGUGAUAAAUUUAUUUUUAUUUUAUUUAUUUUUUGAGUCUAGAUUAAUUCCUAUUUUAUUAUUAAUUAUUGGGUGAGGGUAUCAACCUGAGCGAAUUCAAGCAGGUAUAUAUUUGUUAUUUUAUACAUUAUUUGCUUCUUUACCUUUAUUAUUAGGAAUUUUUUUUAUUUUUAAUGAAAUAAAUUAUAUUAUAAUUUAUUUUUUAAAAAUAUUUAAUUUUAAUUCUUAUUUAUUAUAUUUUAGAAUAAUUUUAGCUUUUUUAGUUAAGAUACCAAUAUAUUUUGUUCAUUUGUGAUUACCUAAAGCUCAUGUAGAAGCUCCAGUUUCAGGUUCAAUAAUUUUAGCUGGUAUUAUAUUAAAAUUAGGUGGGUAUGGUCUUUUACGUAUUUUAAUUUUUUUACAAGAAAUUAAUAUAAAUUUAAAUUAUAUUUGAAUUAUUAUUAGAUUAGUUGGUGGAUUUUAUAUUAGAUUAAAAUGUUUUUGUCAGGUUGAUAUUAAAUCUUUAAUUGCUUAUUCAUCUGUAGCUCACAUAAGAAUUGUUAUUGGUGGAAUUAUAACUUUAAAUUAUUGAGGGUUUAUGGGAUCAUAUAUUUUAAUAAUUGGUCAUGGUUUAUGUUCUUCAGGGAUAUUUUGUUUAGCUAAUAUUAAUUAUGAACGAUUUCAUAGUCGAAGAUUAUUUAUUAAUAAAGGGUUAAUAAAUUUUAUGCCUUCUUUAAGAUUAUGAUGAUUUUUAUUAAUAUCUUCAAAUAUAGCUGCCCCUCCUUCUUUAAAUUUAAUGGGAGAAAUUAGAUUAAUUAAUAGAUUAGUUAGUUGAUCUUGAAUAUCUAUAAUUAUAUUAAUAUUAAUUUCUUUUUUUAGAGCUGGUUAUAGUUUGUAUUUAUUUUCUUAUACUCAACAUGGUAAAUAUUAUUCAGGAAUUUAUAGAUUUUAUACAGGUGUUUCUCGAGAAUAUUUAUUACUAAUUUUACAUUGAUUCCCUUUAAAUUUUAUAAUUUUAAAAGUUGAUUAUAGAAUAAUUUGAUUUU